UGUCACUUUUCUUCAGUCACUUUCUCCCUCCCUCCAGUUAGCAGCUCAGUGCUGAGAAGGGACGUCUCUGCUGCUCUGAACAGCUCACAUCCUCCAACAGUCAUUCUCAGGCUCUGACCAGCCUCGUCGUUCUCACCUCCAAGCUCUCUAACAUUUCUGGAACAGAUGUGCGAAGGGAUUUUAUUGCGGAUUUUUCUCGGCUUCUUGUACUUGUACUCAAAUGUCGCAGGUACGUUAUGGCUUGACCCACCAAAGGUUGUGGUGCGUCACGGAGAUUCUGUCUCUGUAAACUGCAGCACAAAUGUCACAGACCAGGCUUUGCUGGAUUGGGAGAAGCCUCAGGGAUACACCAAGGACAUAAAUGAUAAGAAGGUCACCUGGACAGUGGAGCACCUGACAGAAUGGGGCAUGAAGCCAUUUUGCUACAUGACUGAUGCUAACAAUAAUCAGGAUAAAAUUGAGCUCAACAUUAUUAUAUACAAGACUCCAGACAGGGUGUCCAUCAGCACUGUGGGACCAAUGAUUGAGGGCGAACAGUAUGAGCUCCAGUGUGACAUUCAGAAUGUUGCACCUGUCGAGUUCCUCACUGUGAGCUGGUACAAAGGAGACACUCUAGUGAAAAACAUAACCUUUACUGACCCCAUCAAGACUCCAGUGAAUCUGUCAGAUACACUCCAGAUCUCCCCCAGCAGAGAUGAUGAUGGUGCUCAGUACAGGUGUGAAGCAGAACUGGAUCUGGGACCAGAAGGACCUCAACCUCCUCCUACAGUUACAUCAGAUCCCCUAACAAUUACUGUGUACUAUGGACCAGAGAUUUCAUGUUCAAGCCAUGUUACACUUGAAGAAGGUGAAAUGUUUACACCCAGUUGCUCAGCAGAAGGUAACCCACCACCUGAAAUGACUUGGUACAAGGAAGGAGAGAGAGUGGAUUUCCCACAACGAAUGAACAGGAAUAAUGCAGGACAGUAUAUCUUAACAGUAAUCAGCAGCUCCACUGUCCACCACACACUGGAAGUUGAGAUGUUGUAUCCACCUGUGAGCAUUUCAGAGCUGCAUGAUAAGUCGGUAGAUUUUGGUUACGAUGAGGUGCUGAAGUGCUCUUCUGACGCCAGGCCUCACCCACAAUACAGAUGGGAAUACAUUCCAGCGCCCAAUGUGAGGACUAACAACACUGAUGGAGUGUCUCUGCUAUACAUAGAUUACGCCACUGGACUUAACACUGGCACAUACAAAUGCACUGCCUCCAAUAAGCUGGGAGAAACUUCACAAUCUGUCAGAGUUGAUGUGAAAGGGACUCAUGACAGGGUGUCCAUCGAGACUGUGGGGCACACAGGGCCGAUGAUUGAGGACAGAGAGUAUGAGCUCCGUUGUAUCGUUGAAUAUGUUGCUCCUGUUCGUCACGUCGAAGUGAGCUGGUACAAAGGAGGGGAACGAGUGAAAAGUGCAUCUAUUGGUGACACCGAAACGACUAAAUCCAACAAGACUUGGUCUCAUGAUCUCACAGUCUCCCAUAACAGAGCAGAAAAUGGAACUCAGUAUAAAUGUGAGGCAAAAGUCAUAAAGACAUCAGGAGGACCUCUCCUUCUUAUAGGGAAAUCAGCUCCACUCAACAUUAUUGUGCACUACAAGCCUGUUAUCAACAAGGCUAAAUUGCCGUCAGAUGUACCAGUGUUUCGGGGUUAUCCAGAAACGCUUGUCUGUGAGGCCGAGGGUUAUCCACCACCCACUAUCACUUGGAGCCUCAAACCAAAUACUGAGGUUAAGCAAGGACACCUGACCAUAAUGGAAGCCACAAACGAGAAUGUUGGUGAAUACAAAUGUACUGCAAGCAAUUCAGUCGGGACCACCUUCAGAACUGUGACAGUGACCAUGAAAGAGACUCCAGACAGGGUGUCCAUCAGCACUGUGGGUCACACCAGGCCGAUGAUUAAGGGUAGACAGUAUGAGCUCCAGUGUGACAUUUACAAAGUUGCUCCUGUGGCGUUCCUCACAGUGAACUGGUACAAAGGAGACACUCUAGUGGAAAAUAUAACCUUUACUGACUCCAGCAAAAGCCCAGGGAAUUUGUCUGCUACACUCCAGAUCUCCCCCAGCAGAGAUGAUGAUGGAGCUCAGUACAGGUGUGAAGCAGAACUGGGCUGGGACAUAGAUGGAUCUCGGCCUUCUCUGAAAGUGUCAUCGCAGGUUCUUGGCAUUACUGUACGCUAUGGCAGCCGCAUCACGUUCUGGGCUGUUGUUGGAUCCUUUGUUGGCUUGGCUGUGGUAAUGGUCCUUGGCUAUUUACUGAAGAAGAGGACUGGCUAGUACUCAAAGGCAUGCCAAGUGGGUUUCCUCUGAGAGCAUGAUGGAUUUCAACUUAUCCUCAAAUUAAUGUGACUCCAUUAGAAUUACUCACUGGACUCCAACUUCAUUAGAUUUGAUUUAAUACUGACUUAUCACUCGCAUUAUUGUUUUGUGGGGAUAAGCACCACUGUUAUUGACUUUUCCUAUAUUUCUGCCAUAGUAACAUCAACGGUCAGGUAGGUCUGUGUUUCUACCACAGAUGGGCUUUAAACAGGCUGGAAAAAGGCAGCAGAGAGAUGUUCUCUUUCUCUUAUCCUUUAUUGCAUGGUGUUGCCAGAUGGCAACAACAGCUUUAAUUUUUGGCGCAACGUUAAAUUAUUUUUUUCUUUUUUUUCUUUUUUUUAUUUAUAAAAUGGUUCAUGUUUUUUUUCUGACUGCACACCUUUCUGUUGCAGUCUGCACUGCACUACACAAUGCGCACUGAUGUUUAAAUUUUUUUUGUAUGCUAAGUUGAUGAUUUUAAUCAAUAUAAUUAUUUUUAAACCGUUAUGUACGCACUUGAUGGAUGUUAUGGAUCCAUUAUAUUUUGUUGUUAUAUAUACAUUAUUUAUUGUUUAUUAUUAUUAUUAUUAUAAUUAUUAUUUGUGCCACUUUCAUUACGAAACAUCAUGAAAUUUUUCUUUAUUUUUUUUUCCUGGGUAUUCCAUAAUCUAUGCUCUAAAUAGUUCAUUUUGUUCAUUUUUAUUGAAGCACUUAUUCUGAUUUGUGGCUUUUUUAAUGACCGUUACAAAAUCAUGUGUCUGCAAAAGUCCAGGGAUUUCACUAGUGAGUCUGCACUUUGGGAUUUCCCUCAUAUUUCUCCUUUAUCUUUUCAGAUGUGUUUCCAAGUCUUUCGUCACUUGAAAAACCUCCCCACUGCCACUGUAAUGAUGUCCAGGAUUACUCAUUUUCUUGGGAAGUUAGCCUCAGUGAAUCACUCUCAUUUUUACACAAUUGGACUACAGUCAGAUGUGGUGGGAAGUUCUCCUGUGUUUCCUUAAAUAUUAAUUUCACUCGUUUCUGGGCUCAGUGAACACUGAAUCAUCCAUACUGAGGGAGUCAUUUUCAGUGUAGAAAGUGAAAAAAAUGCACUGCCUGAUUAAACUAAUUCAGUUUUUAACUGAUUAACUGAAAUACUUAUGUAUUAAGAGCUGUGGUGUAACUAGGGUCUUAUGGGCCCCAGUUAAAAUAAGAAUAUAUAAAAAAUACAUAAAUGUAACAAUAACACAAUUUAAGACUACAUUUUUAGGAUUUUAAAGUUGAUUAAUAAUGAAUAUAUAUUAUUCUGCAGGCUGUGAAAACACUUAUCAGUAAUAAGCUGCGGUAUGAAUAAGAGGGAGAUAAACAGACAUCAGAGCCGUCUGUGUAGUGUUGAUAGAAGCUAACUGGUGAGGUUUGUUGGAUCUUUUUGAGAGUGUGCAGUUGUGUCAUAUCUACAUGAGGGCAGCUAUUCCAUUAACCUCAGAACAGGCACUGUCGUUCCAAUAUACUAGUUUAUUAUUAUUUUUUAAGGCCUUAUGAUUUUCAUUUCAGGUAUAUCUUGUAUUUGUAUUUUUGUAUUUUAUGUAUUUGUGCUCAUGUAUUA